UGGUUCUCAUAUUCCCAGUUAGAAUCCUGCAUACUAUUUAACAGAAUAUUUUGAUCACAGAUUGAACAAUGCAGCAAUCAAGCUUAACAAGCCACCUGGAAGUUUUGCUUGAGAUGAUUUCUAGUGCGUUUUCAGAUCCCUGUGAGAAUCAUGACUGCCUUUAGCAUUGUGGAGGAGGACUCCAGUUUCUUAUGAGGGCCCCUAUUGGAAAAGCAGGCUGUGCAGAUUCAAGUCUCUGGUUCUGUUCAUGCUGUUUCAAAAGCCUUUCCUCAACCUUGCUGAUUUAUGAUUUACAUACACUCCUGUGGAGACUUGCAGAAUGGAUUGUCUGUGCAUUGUCACAACCAAGCAGAGCCAUGGCAGAUGCCCUUCCCACAAAUGCUCAGUUGAAGCACCUGCCUGGAUACCCAUUCAACAUUCUACCAAGUAUCGCUAUCAAGAUGAGGAUGCCCUUCAUGAUCAUACCUUACCUCGUUUAACCCAUGAAGUGAGAGGACCAGAACUUGUUCAUGUGUCAGAAAAGAACUUAUCUCAGAUAGAAAAUAUCCAUGGAUACGUCCUGCAAUCACAUAUCUCUCCUUUGAAGGUCAGAAUUCUUGGUGCAAAGGAGAAACGUGUAAAAGGUAACACAGUCACACGUUCACCUCGACCAAGAGAGGUGAAGGGAUUUACAUCUGACAAGCAAUCCAAGUGGAAUGUUUGA